GUGGCUCUGCGGGCCCUUGGCUUCAACUAUACAAACAUGGAUUCAGAGAACUUGAGGCAGCAGUUCAGUGACUCCAACGGAGAGGUCGACUUUGGUGAGUUUAUGGCCAUUCUCUCCGAGAAAAUGUUGGCCAUCGACGAUGCUGUGGACAUCGAGAAGAGUUUCCAUUUGAUGGACGCCGACGGUAAGGGCUACAUCGAUCUGCAGGACAUGCGGAACACAGCCAACCUACUCGGACUGGACGAUGUGGGUGAAGACGAGCUGGUUUCUAUGCUGAUGGGUGCUCGAAUGGCGGAUCCUUCAGUUGAACUCCAGCAGCAGUACGAGUCUCGUCAACAUCAGCGUCGGAUGCGUAGCAACCAGUUCACCAGACCGCUUGAAACGACGUUGCUGCCCUCGACCGGAUCAGGAGCCAUGUCGCCGGCUCCGAGGGCUGAUGGUGGCCCUGGAAGAGGGGUCCGAGGAAGUGGAUCCGCGGGAGAGGCGCAUUCUUCCUCGAGUCCGUCGAAC